CGGCGUUUACUCCUUUGCCCAUCGCCCUCUCAGGACCUAGACAUUGACUUCACUCCGCAACGACGACGACGACCAAACGACCGAACGACCGAUCCAAGCAAUGCCAGAACCUGUAUCCUUCAGAGAACACGUCUUCAAGAAUGUCUCCCUGGUCCUCCUCAGCCUAAUAUUCCUCCCGUUGGACACGCUCGUCGUCGCCGGAUGCCUGCUAUGGCAGAUAAUCCAGGGUCUCCGGCGUGCCCCCACCAUCCGCAGCACCGCCAGACCGCAGCGGACGGUUAUGGUUACGGCAGUGGCGAUGGGGAAGGGCCUCGCACUUGCUCGAGCAUUCCACCAGGCCGGCCACCGCGUGAUCGGUGUUGAUUUCGAUACUGCACAUUACGCCCAUUCGCCCGUUCCCAGCUCGGGACGGUUCUCGCAGUCGUUAGACAAAUACUUCACCGUCACCACGCCGCACGACCGGGCGUCGCGAGCGAAGUACUCGGAGGAGAUGGUCAGGCUCGUCAAAUCCCAAGGCGUGGACCUUUGGCUUCCUGUGAGCGGUGUUGCGUCGACUAUCGAAGAUGCGCUGCUUAAGGCCGUGAUCGAGAAGGAGACCAACUGCAAAGUCUUCCAGCCGGAUCCAAAGACGUGUGAAAUCCUGCACGACAAGUACCGCUUCAUACAGAGUGUCCAGGAUGCCGGACUGACCACGCCAGUCACGGUGCUCGUCGAGUCCCAAGAUGAGGUGUUCGGUGUCCUCCUCGACCACCCGGACCUCACUUUCAUCGUCAAAUGCGUCGAGCUCGACGACGUUUCCCGCGCCGACAUGACGAAGCUCCCGCAGCCUACGCCGCUGGAGACAGAGAAGUUCGUGCACAGUCUCGACAUAUCCCCCCAGAAGCGUUGGGUCGUCCAGCAAUUCGUCCGCGGCAAGGAAUUCUGCACACAUGCCGUCGUCGUCCGCGGCAAGGUGAAGGCAUUCGUCGCCUGUCCCAGCAGUGAGAUGUUGAUGCACUACUCGGCGCUGUCUGUCUCCUCGCCUUUGUCCCGCGCGAUGCUCGCUUUCACUCGACGCCUCGCAAGGACCCUCGAGGGCGGUAACAUCACCGGUCAACUCUCAUUCGACUUCCUUGUGGACGCCAGAAACGCCCACGGGAAGGCAGCGCAGGAUAUCGAGCUCUUCCCGAUCGAGUGCAACCCGCGAACGCACACAGCGGUAAUCCUCCUCGCCACCAAGCCGAAACACCUGGCGGCCACAUACCUAACCCUCCUGGAUGAGCCCGGCCUGCCCACCAGCAAGACCAACGGCCGUCUCAACGGACAACUCCCGGAGGAUGACACCGACAUCUCGACGGUGAUGCAGCCGGACACCAACGCCGAUGGCUGUCCUGCCUCCUCGAAAACGCACUUCUAUUGGCUCGGCCACGACCUGAUCACGGGCUUCUUCCUUCCGAUCCUGAGUCUGCUCGCGGCCAGAUCUGGCCCCGUGGACGUCGCCAAAACUAUCUUUUGGUUCGCGGUGAGGGCGCUGGCGUGGAACGACGCUACGUUCCGUAUCGAUGAUCCGUGUCCGUGGUGGUGGCUGUAUCAUGUCUACUAUCCGUGGAUGUUUGUGACUAGUCUCGCGACGGGCAAGAGGUGGAGCAGGGUCAAUACUAGCACUACGAGGGUUUUUGAGAGUUAUUAGGUCGACGGCGGGCGGAUGUGCUUUGGCGGGGACGUGAGGAGUGGGGGGUGGGCGAUGGGCGAUUGGCGGUGUUGCGCUUUUGUGCUUUGCUUUGCUUUGCUUUGCUUUGCUUUGCUUUG